AUGGGAUCCUGACACCAUUUGGAGAUUCAGAGAAGCCCCUGAUUGCUGACUCUGCCCGCCUGCCACACUGGCUGUGUCCGGAGCCACUCGGGAUCCAGUUCACACACACCCCUCAGACAGGCCCUGUGGCCAGAGAAAUGCUCCCACGGCCCAAAGCCCCUGACUCCCCCAGACGCCCCCAGACCCCAACGCUGAGUGAGCAGGACGCGGACCCUGGGCCAGCAAGCCCCAGGGACACUGAAGCCCAGCGUCUGCGCUUCCGGCAGUUCCAGUACCACGUGGCGGGCGGGCCUCACCUCGCGCUGGGCCAGCUCUGGACGCUGUGCCGCCAGUGGCUGAGGCCCGAGGCGCGCUCCAAGGAGCAGAUGCUGGAGCUGCUGGUGCUGGAGCAGUUCCUGGGCGCGCUGCCCAGCAAGAUGCGGACCUGGGUGCAGUCACAGGGCCCCCGAAGCUGCAGGGAGGCCGCCAGCCUGGUGGAGGACCUGACACAGAUGUGCCAGCAGGAAGUUCUGGUAUCUCUGGACUCGGUCGAACACCAGGACUGGAGUUUCGGUGAGGAGGAAGAUGGGAAGAGUCCAAGGUCCCAGAGAGAACCAUCCCAGGCAUCUGAGCUGAUUCUGGAUGCAGCAGCAGCAGCCCCGGCACUCCCUGAGGAAAGUGAGUGGCUGGAGCCCACCCAGCUCCUGCAGAGUCUGCACACCAGGGUGGAGGCCGAGGCGCCCCAUGCCCCUGGCUUGCUGGGGUCCCGGGCCCGCCUGUCUCUGAAGCCAUGUAUCUGGGACGAGCCUGAGGAUCUUCUCGCAGGGCCCUCCUCAGACCUGCGUGCAGAAGGGGCUGUGAUCUCAAGCCUCAAGGGUCCGAGUGCUCAGAGAAUCAGUCCCCGAAGGAGAAACAGGAACACUGACCAGAGCGUCCGCCACCAGCCAUCCCUCAAGCACACCAAAGGUGGCACCCAAGAGGCUGCUGCAGCAGUCUCAGCAACGCUGCGUGGGACCCGAGGUGGGCGGCCCUUCCAGUGUGCCGACUGCGGGAUGGUCUUCACCUGGGUCACCCACUUCAUCGAGCACCAGAAGACCCAUCGCGAGGAAGGGCCCUUUCCGUGCCCCGAGUGUGGCAGGGUCUUCCUGCACAGCUCUGUCCUUGCUGAGCACGGCAAGAUCCACCUGUUGGAGCCACCCAGGAAGAAAGUCCCCCGGAGCAAGGGCCCCCGGGAGUCCGCCCCACCCAGGGAUGGAGCCCAAGGCUCAGUGGCCCCUCGCAGCCCCAAGAGACCCUUCCAGUGUAGCGUCUGCGGGAAGGCCUUCCCCUGGAUGGUCCACCUUAUCGACCAUCAGAAACUCCACACGGCCCACGGCCACAUGUGAAUGGCCAGCCUCGGGCCUUGGCCACCCGGCCCUGAGUCCCUGGGGGGCACCGAUGGGCACCAGAAGAUGGGGGACAUCCCCCAGCCCCACCAACCCCUGGCCACCAUGGGACUCCUCUUGAAGGACACAGGCUGCUUCUCAGAAGAUCCUGGACACCUGCUCCAGAGCCGAGCAUGUCUUCCCAGGAUCUCAGCCAAGAAGCAGCAGUUCCACAGCAAAACCUGGUCAGUCCUGCACACUGUGCUUUUUGCAAGUGGCUUGAAGAGGAGUUUCAUUCGUGUCUCGUCUUUCAGAAGCCUUGUCCAGGUCUCCCUGUGAGCACCUGACUCAGGGGCAGACUCUGCCGCUGGGUUUUCAUUUCACUGUGGAUAUCCCUGAGGCCAUGAGGGCGGAAGCCGGCCUGGGCAGCUCCAACUCCAGAGAAGGGUACAGCUGACCCCGGCUGCCCUCCUGCCAGCUCAGCCCCCUUGGAACCUAACAGAUAAACAGGGUUUUGUUUUUUUUCCUUUUUUGGGAAACAUAAAAUUUACCAUUUCAGUCAUUAAAAAUGCACAGUUCAGUGGC